AUGGUAUAUGAUUGCGAUUCGUUAUUCGAUCAGAAGCAACAUCAAGAAUUUCACAAUCGUUUUCUAUCAACCAAAUGGUUUCGUGUGCAAAGCUCACAGCUAAAUGUUUGGAAACGGGCUGCUUUUUGCAUUGUUGAACAAUUCGAAGGGAAUUAUAGUCACAUAUUUUGCAUUACGCAAACAUCGAAAUGUACAUUGAAAACACGUGUUGAUAAGAUUAUUUUGGAAUGCAUCAAUAAAGAAUUAGGCUAUACACCAGAUUUAGCGCAAGUUUGGACAUCGGAUGGUAGAAGACAAGCUUGGGUAUACGUUACAGCUUCAGACAAAUAUUACUUUAUUGGUGCUGUAGCACUGGUUGAAAAGAUUUCCAGGAAACAACUGCAGUAUGCAGAAGAAAACAGUGCAGCAAAUAAUGAUAUAAUCCCAACAAGCAACAAUGUAUACAUGGGUGUUAAUCGAAUCUGGGUACAUCAAACUUUAAGACGUAGAGGCAUUGCAGCACUUUUGUUGGAUCAUGCACGAUCGUAUUUCGUCAGUUCUGAUUCUGUGCCACGUGAAAUGAUUGCAUUUAGUAGUCUAACAGAUAGUGGUUUAGCGUUUGCUAGAAAUUAUAUUUCUGGAGGAAAAGUCCUUCUUUACAAUUUGAAUCCUGAGACUUGUCACUAA